AUGAGAUUGAUAUCCUGCGAUCACCGGCAACGCAUCAGUAGUUGUGGGGCUCGCUUUCGCAUCGGUUUGCUGGACAAGUUCUCGCCCUACAGUGCAAGAAACAACAAGGCCGCCUAUCCGUACGAGUGUCGGAACUUUACGAUGAAGGAAAGCUGCUGGUUCGCGUUGACCUCAUCCAGUCCCUUGAGUGGUGAUGAAGCUUCGAAGGCACUCUCCGGGCGAACUCUGGUCGCUGCCUACUGGCUGUUCGUGGUGUUCCUGCUCGCGACGUUUACCGUAAACCUGGCCGCGUUCCUCACGGUGGAGCGCAUGCAAACACCGGUCCAGUCCCUUGAGCAACUGUCGCGCCAGAACCGCAUCAAGUACACGGUCGUGCAGAACUCGGACACACAUGAAUACUUACGCAACAUGAAGAACGACGAGGACGUGCUGUACCAGAUGUGGCGCAAUCUGACGCUCUCGAGCGGCAACGAGCCGGCGCAGUUCUGGGACUAUCUGAUCAAGGAGCGGAACAUCAACAUUCUCACCGUCAUCGAGUCGGCCGAGCCGGUGGCGAGUGCGGCGGACGGCUUCCGGCGAGUAAACGAGCGGCUCGAUGCGGACUUUCCCGAUGCGGAGAGCCUCGGUGGGGUGUUCAUCUGGACGCUGGUCGGGCUGGCGCUGGCCAUGAUCACGCUGUUCGGCGAUGUCCAAAGGUGCUAUCGGCGCAAAGAGCGGGCCAGAACCAUCUUAGAAUGCCAAGAAAAGGAAGAUCGAGCGAGGAUUAGGUGUAGGAAGGUUAGGUGUACUCAAUCAUGUAGGUCUCUUGGGGUAUUUUUGUAACAUACCUUAAUAUUUAAUGAACAGGACACGGU